CAUAUAAGUGUGUGCGUGUGUCUGUGUGCGUUCGUGCGUGCAUGCGUGUGUGGGUGUGUGUGUGAGUCAUGCUGUACUCUCUUGGUUGACUUCCCUGGGCCAUCAUUUAGUGGCUGUUGAUAGAAGGCACUACCCUCGAUCGGAAAGCCUUGUUUGAGGAACAUGGGCAGUUCAAAAUCCUUUCUAUCACAGUACUGCAAUGUCUUACAAUGACUUAUCAUUAUGAUGAAGCGAAAUGUCAUGAUGUUGUAUUGUUAUAAUACUACUCUCACUCAAAAGAAAAAAAUUGAAAGAGAAAGUCCAACACAACUUUAACAAACACUCGGUGACAUGAAGGAGUGCAUGGCCGGGUCAAAAUGUGCGUGUAGCGAACCGGCCUCAGAGACUUUCUCCAGAAUCGCUCAUCCAAACAGCCUCACACUUGACACUUCCUUGGGUCCUCGGCAAUUCACCCGCCAAGUAUGAGGUCGAUCGAAUGAAUGGUUGUUGAGAAAAUGGUUGUUGAGAAAAUCUCACUCCAUGACCACCCUCAUUCAUAUCUAUAAGCCUUUAGUGAAUGAUGAGGUCAUCAUUACCAGAUGAUGUAUACACAUUUGUAGGCGAAUAGUAAGUGCCCAGCAGACCAUUCUAUCCAGUGGACUGUCCCAACUGGUAGGCUGCUCUAUCCAUCAUACAUCUAGGGGGACACUCCCACUUGUGAUGUCACUCGAGGGUAGAUGUUGAGAUGGCUUGUAAUGGUUGAUCACACCACCUACCUACCGUCUUAAAAUAGGAUCCUUUAACAUAUACGAAUGUAUGUUAAUGUUUUGUUACUAAUUAGUUUGUGUUAAACGAAAGGCUUAUAAAUGACUUAUGACUGAAUGUUGUUGUAAAGUCUUCAUAAAUUCACAUGACAUAAACAUGUAUGCAGAGACCCUAAUUGGAUGACACUGCAGUGUACUGAGCAGUUGUUGUUAUUUGUUUGUGUCAUGUCGAGUUGGGAUGCAUUGGUUUCCCUAAUCAUGUGUCACCAUUGUGCGUGAAUUGUGAAUGUGAGGCAAUUUUGUGAAGCGCUUUGGGCGGCUAAUGGUCAGAAAAGCGCUAUAUAAAUGCAGUCCAUUUACAUUUGUGUUGGCUUGUGUUCAGACUAUUUGUGUCACAUCGCUUUCUUGUGCAAUGUUGUUGUGUUGUUGUGCUUUUCCAUCGAAUUGUGUAGUUGUAGUUGUGUUGUUGUGUCUUUGUGUUACGUAUCAUUGAGUCAUCGUAUAGUUCUUCUGUUGUGUCUUCGUGUAUUUGUAUUAUUGUGUCGUAAUGUCAUUGUAUAGUAGUGUUGUUUUUGUCUUUGUGGUAUAGUUUCGUUAUGUAGUUUUAGAAUAUUUCUGUCUUUGUGUUAUUGUGUUGUUGAGUCAGAGUGUAGUUGUAACGUUGUAUGGUUGUAUAGUUGUGUGUCCUGUGUGUGUGUGUACUAUCCCUGAGCCAUAGCUCUGACCUGUGACUAUCAGCGGGGAGCCUGCAGGCCAACCGCCAGCCGCCAGAGGUGAGAAAACCCAUCCACCGGGAAGGACCUCUAGUAAUAACAACGGUGGAAAAGAGGCGCCCGAUGAUGGCCUGCUCAAAAGGCUCUCAUCCCACGGUCUACAAUGCAGGGCUUAUUUUUAGCCGUGCAAUCUGCUUUUGUCAAAGAAGCAAUCCAACUGAACUAGUUCCAUAAUAGACCGCUGACCCAUUUUGGAUACAAUACCACCAAUUAAGACUUCUGAUGAUUAUUUUAACCUUAUCUAGAAGUAAAUAUGCACCUGAAUUCAUAACCUUAUAUCCUAGAAUGGUAAAAGGUAAAUGGACUGCAUUUAUUAAGCGCUUUUAUAACCGUAGGCCACUCAGAGCGCUUAAAUUAAUAAUUGCCUACCGCAGGCAGUGUCAACCAUGCAAGGUAACAGCCAGCUCAUCGGGAGCAGUUGGGGUUUGGUGUUUUUCUCAGGGAUACAUCGACACUAAGCUCAGAGGUGCCAGGGAUCAAACUAGCAACCUUCCGUUUACCAGUCAACCCGCUAUACCUCCAGAGCAAUCCCGAACCAAAUACAUUUGAUGCAUCUGGAUUCCAGACACAUGUGUGUACAAUGUUCAGAACACUGUAUCCCUGCAAAAUUAUUUUAAGCGUAAAAUACUUUACUUAGUGGGGAAGCUUUCCGCAUUAAACUGGUAAACUUAAAUUCGACAACGCUGUGCCUUGCUGUAAAGGAGACAGCAGGUCAGGGUCACCGAAUCAGGAAGGCUGUUGGGUCUGGAAAGGGCAAGGAUCAUUUUACGAGUUGUUGUAAAAUGAUGCUGAAGUAGGUGCAUGAAAGGGGCUUAUCUAUUGAAAAACCACAGCCAGUAUGAAGUGAAAUACUAAUGUAGGUUUGUAGAGGCCGUAGCCCGUAGGGUUUGAGGAGAAGUCAGAUAUGGUGACAUUAUCUUUCCUGUACUAUUUUGUUGGGUGAGAGGUAUACAAAUAUUUUAUUUUCUAUUGAAAAACACUUUCAUAGAUAUCAAUACAUUAUAUUAUAAUAAUUUUAGAUUGAAAAACUGAUCAGUUGCUAAAAUUAAAAACGUAUACAUCAUUUUUGUUAAAGGUAGUUUACAGAAAACAGAACACAUGGUUUGUUAGGACUCCAUGUUUGAUUUCAAUUCAGACAUAUUUUUCAACACAUGUAUGUCAUUCAUGAAAGGCGCUGUUGGAGGAGACAAAGGGAAUCGAACCCAGGACCUUUCAGCUGGGAGUCCACCCCACAUAGAAAAGCUUGCCCCUUAGUUACAUUUGUAAUCAGGAUUAGUUUGGAUUUAGUUUGUAUCCACAACAACUAAACACACAAUUGAAUUGGUAACUAAUCUUUUGAGAUGGCUCAGAAACAGCUCCUGCAUAGGCAUGCAUGGCACCAAAAGACCUAGCCUAUCUUUUUAGCUGUCGAUAUCUAGAUGCCAAGCUCACAAUAUAAAUGUUUUUGCUCAAGUAUUUGGUCUGCUGUCCUAAACUGCAGGCAUAUGCAGAGAGCUGGCUCUCCGCCUAUUGAGUCCUUGAGUCUCAAAAUGACUUCAUGAGUGAGUGCAUUGUUUUGUAUUUUGUUUGUUUUGCUUUGAUUAGGCUGCUGGACGCGCACGUCUUGAUGAACUUGAUGGGGCGUUUACUCGUCACGUUGGUCUGCUGCACAGAGCGCAAGUGACGGCGCUCACUUCUGCUUGUCCUUGUGUGUGUGAGUGACGUCGUGCAUGUGAGGAAUCGUAAUCGAGGCGCAGGUGAACAGACAUAGUGGUUCAAUCUCUUCCCGGAGUUUGCCAUUUGAAGACACAAAGUCAUUAUCUAUCUAGGAAAGACCUAGAUCUCCUUGGCUUUAAGGACACCGUGUGGUUGGGUACAGGCCACUUGGUUACGGGAGAAAGGAUGACACAUAUGGCUCCACAGGGGUCACUACGGCUACUUUUUGCGCUGUCCUGUGUGGUGAACACCUGCUUCGGCCUGACCUACAUCUGUCCGGCGAUCUGUCGCUGUAAGGUGGAGACGUUUCGAUGCAACAAAGAGACCCAGGGCAUCCAUGAAAGUGGGCUUUCCUUUCGGCCAUUAAGACUCAGCCAUUUGUCCGUGAAAAUAGUUCCACGACAUGCCUUCAAAGACAUCAACGUGACCAGAAUUGAAAUCUCCCAAAGUGUCAUUGUCACAGAAAUACAGCGCCAUGCAUUCCUCUCCCUGCACUGCUUGUCUGAAAUCUCGUUGCAGAACAUCAUCAGUCUGAGAUAUAUUGAGAAAGGAGCUUUCACUGACCUUCCGAGACUCGAGUACUUGAGCAUCCUCAAUACCGGCAUGGUGCAUUUCCCCGACUUCACCUCUGUCUCCUCCCUCAUGUCCAACUUCAUCAUAGAAAUGGCGGAUAACACAAAGAUUGACUCUAUCCCGGCCAACUCUUUCAACGGUUUUGCAGAGGACUAUAUCUUCAUGAACCUGUACAGAAAUGGUUUCAAGGAAAUUCAUUCUCAUGCCUUCAAUGGAACCAAAAUAAACAGCCUAGAUUUAAGAGACAACAAACAUCUCUACCAUAUCCAUGAAGGUGCUUUUGACGGUGCUUUGGGACCAAUGGUGCUGGAUAUUUCCUCCACAGCCCUGAGUUCGUUCCCCGCUGAAGGGUUGACGCAGGUGAGGUUCCUGACAGCGGUGUCUGCCUACACUCUGAAGGUCCUGCCCUCACUAGAAAGCUUUACUGAACUGCGGGAAGCUAACCUGACGUACCCCAGCCACUGUUGUGCCUUCCAAAGGAAACAGAGGGAAAGUGCAUUAAAGAACCUCACAAGGCUCUGUGAUGUCAACGAGGCGGACAUGGAACCAGCAGACGAUGGUUUGUACGGAAUCGAUUACAUCACCUCCCAGUAUCCGGACAUGGAACUGGACUGCCUGAACAGUUCCUUCAUCAAGUGCACCCCAAAGCCCGAUGCCUUCAACCCCUGCGAGGACUUGCUGGGCUACUCCUUCCUCCGCUCCAUAACCUGGGUCAUAACACUCUCCGCAGUGGCCGGCAAUCUGGGCGUGUUGGUUAUCCUCCUGGUUAGCCACCAGAAGUUGACCAUUUCCCGAUUUCUAAUCUGUAACCUGGCCUUCGCAGACCUCUGCAUGGGGCUCUACCUGUUGCUGAUUGCAGCCAUGGAUUCCUACUCUAGCCCUCAGUACUAUAACCACGCCGUUGACUGGCAGACCGGUCCGGGCUGCAGCAUUGCAGGAUUCUUGACGAUGUUUGCCAGUGAACUGUCGGUCUACACCCUGACCGUGAUCAGCCUGGAACGUUGGCACACAAUCACCAAUGCCAUGCACCUACACAAGCGGCUCCGGCUACGUCACGUGUCGUUCAUAAUGGCCGCAGGCUGGGGCUUCUCUCUGUUGGUGGCUCUGCUCCCUCUUGUGGGGGUCAGCAGCUACAGCAAAGUGAGCAUCUGCCUGCCCAUGGACAUCGAGACGCGAGGCUCCCAGUUCUACGUGAUGGCUCUGCUGAUCCUCAAGGUCGUGGCCUUCGCGCUGGUCUGCCUGUGCUAUGUCUGCAUUUACCUGAGCGUCCGCAACCCCGCGCUCACCACACACCACGGAGACACCAAGAUCGCAAAGCGCAUGGCUGUGCUCAUCUUCACCGACUUUCUCUGCAUGGCACCCAUCUCCUUCUUUGCCAUUUCGGCAGCCCUGCGUAUGCCCCUCAUCACGGUGUCCCACUCCAAGAUCCUGCUGAUCCUGUUCUACCCCAUCAACUCCCUGUGCAACCCCUUCCUGUACACCAUCUUCACCAGGGCGUUCCGCAGGGACCUCUGGCGGUUCCUUCAGCGCUGGGACUCCUGCCAAACCAAGCCUGGGAUCUCCAGGAACCAGAAGAAGCCCGUGCGCACGAUCAUUGCCAACAACAAACUGUCAGGCGUCAGACCCCCCUUGUUUAACUUCUAUGCCUAUCACAUCAAAAUGCAGGGUUGCUUACUCAACAAAGGAGAGACAUGAUCACAGACUCUAUCAUCACUUGGUCGUUAUCUCGAUUGGUCAAAAAUUGUCCCGGCUCGGAAUGGCUAUCUGCUGAAAACAUCAAUAAAAAAACCUUUUCGUUGUGCUUCGGUCAAGAGAACGAUUAGCAGCUCAUGUAUCAACAAAGAUGUAGACAGGUCAUUAGCACUUGAACAGCCCACCAAAAAGGGAAUUAAGUACCGCAAUUCAAGAGAUGAGUACAGAUAAAAUGGGCUGCAAUGACAGACUAUUUGUUAGGGGAACACAAGAGCAUACUGGGAAAUCAUGUGGUUCCAAGUCUUCUUUGGUUUAAUUAUGUCUUAUGUCACAACUGUAUAUCGUUACACUUGUGUAUUUGGUAGACAGAGUUCCUUCAGACAUUCUGCAGAACCGCGAUGGCAUCAUGAGACGGGGUUCCUCAGUAGUCUGGUGCUACCUGAUGAUUAGAGAUCUCGCUGGAGCGUUUAGAGACCGACUUGUGAGUCAAGGGUUACUGGCUCCUGAGGGUAACUCAGGAAAUAUCCCAUGAAUGCAGACAGCACCAACUCUUUCACACACUACUUCUGUCCAGUUUAAUAUGAAUGUAAUGCACACUCAAUUUUUGUAAUAAAAAAU